GAUCCUACGCACGCCUCUGCGCCUCACACGCAGCAGUCUCAGCGCCAGUCACGCCGCCGCCGCGUCCAUUUUACGGCGUCUACGGCAGCAAUCAAGAUCCACGCGUCGGGAACGCGCGACAGCCGCAAAGCCUCCACUACCACAAGAUCCACCGCGAGACCAGCCAUGGCCCAGCAGCCGAACCCCCACAACGCCCAGCUCGCGAACCUGGAGCCCGGCGAGGCCGCGACGACCGCCGUGACGAUCCUCACCAAAGCGACCAUAAACACCGCCAGGGCCCAUCCCAAGAUCACGGGCUCCUGGAUGUUGGGACUGGCGCUCGUCGUCUUCGCGACGGGCUUUCGCGUGUCGGACACAGUUGCCUCUCAAUAUGAGCAAGACGUCCAGGCCGCAGAUCUGUCCGAACCGAUCAGUCGGGCGGCCGCGCGCGUGCGCCGCGCGCGCAGUUUGCAACGAAGCGCCUCGGGCUGGUUCUCCUGCGACGACCGGUGUCAGUACCAUAAAUCAGAGGCGGAAACCGCGUCCAGAGAAUUGGCCGACUUGAGAGCUAGGGAAGAUGCUGGAUUAUCAGAUGCGAAGCGAGGCGUGGGCGUCCUCAGCGAGUACGCCGUCGCGGAGGCUCGAGAUUCGUUCUGGCGCGCCUUUGCCGGGGGCAAGUCCUUCGCGAAGCGGCAGUCGAUGUGGGAUCUACUUUUCUCGGGGUUGCGCUUUUCUGGUAGGAGAGAUGAGUCGACGGCGGCGGUCGUCAUAAGGUGGCUCAUCAACUUACUGUUCAACUUCACGCUCGGGUUAUGUGGCGCAUUGGGCGUUUUUCUAUGGCGUUUGCGCGCGCUCGUGGCGUCGUACCAGCCGGGCCCGCUGCACGCUUUGGCGUUCACGCUGGCGGCGGCGCUCGCGGCGACGGCCAUGGUCGCCACUUACUUAUUUGCGAUGUACUUCUGCGCGGCGUCAGGGGUGGCGGCGGUGGGCGCGGCGGCCUCGGCCCAAGCUCGCAUCGAGGCCGAGCGGCGCCGCGACCCGCGCUACCGCGUCCAGCAGCAGCAGCAGCCUCCGGGGGGUUUCGGCCAGCCGCGGUACCGGCCGCGCACCUACUAA